GCGGGUGCGGGUGAGCGCGCGCGGGGCGCGUGAAUAGUGAUAAUAAUGCAAGUGUCCGCUGCGUCGGAGCCGCUUCAGCUUCAGCUCGAGCGCGAGCGAAGCCGGAUUAUCAUCACGAGGGACAGAGAGAGUGUAUGUGUACCGAGAGAGAGAAAGAAAGAGAGAAGGAGAGAGAGAGAGCGCCCCCGUUCAUUCCACUCACAUAAUGUAGACGAGUCCAGGCAGAGAGGACGCUGAGGGAUUGUUGUUUUUAUGGCGGAAAGUAUGCUCACAGCGCCGGUACUGCAGCUGGGAAAAGUUCACCUCAAACUCCUUCACAAGCCUUCAUGGAGAAAACGUCGGAGCGAGCGGCUGAGGGGAUCAGUCUCCCGGGCAUAAUGCAGCGUGGUGGUUCAGAGUUGUGUCUGGACCUUGAGAGUGACGUAACUGUUCGGGAUGGAACACGUCCUCGGCUGGGUCUUGACAGCCUGCAGCAGAAGAUGCUGAAGGUGACGGAGCAGCUGCGUAUUGAGCAGGCCUUGAGGGACGAGAAUGUGGCAGAGUACCUGAAACUCAUUGAUACUGCCGACAAGCAGCAAAGCAGUCGCAUCAAGCAUGUGUUUGAGAAGAAGAACCAGAAGUCUGCACAGACCAUCGCGCAGCUGCAGCGCAAGCUCGAGCAGUACCACCGGAAGAUCAAGGAGUGUGACACAGCUGCCUUGGCAAACGGCACCAAACAGGCACAGAUGCCUGGCAAAGAUGUUAAAGAAGCUAAGGAUGCAUCCAGGGACAGCCUGAAGGACUGCGCCAAGGAGGCAGGGGCCAGAGCAAGUGGCCGAAACCAACAACUGGACAAGGUGAAGACAGUGGGCCCAGGCGUCUCACUCUCGCCACCAUUCUUCUUCAACAAGUCACGAGGCUUUGCCAGCCUCAUCCGAAACAAAUUUGGCAGUGCUGACAACAUUGCACACCUGAAGAGCACAAUGGAGACGGGAGGCGGGCUGAGAGCCGAGGGGGCAGGGCGAGCUCUGAGUGGCAGUGCCACGCUAACAAGCAAGCCUAAGUAUCCGAGUGACGACGAAUGCUCAACAGGCACAUCAGCAUCAGCAGAGAGCAGUGGGCAUGGCGGGCAGGCUGAGGGGGGACAGGUGGAGAGUGUGAGCAGACUCAGUGAUGCUCUGGAGGAGGUGAGGGAGCUCCGAGAGGCACAAGGUCACCUCACAGAGGAUAUUGAAAGCUUGAGGAACCAGGCAAAACGUAAUUACGGCUUCAUCUCACAGAUGCUGCAGGAAGAGCGCUACAGGUGCGAGCGGCUGGAGGAUCAGCUGAACGACCUGACCGAGCUGCAUCAGAACGAGACCACCAACCUGAAGCAGGAGCUGGCCAGUAUCGAGGAGAAAGUAGCCUACCAGGCCUACGAACGAGCCCGUGACAUGCAGGAGGCAUUGGAGGCGUGUCAGACACGUCUCAGUAAGCUGGAGUUGCAGCAGCAGCAGCAACAGUUGGUGCAGCUGGAGAGCGCCGAUGCCAAAGUGCUACUGGGAAAGUGCAUCAACAUCAUGCUGGCCAUCGCCACAGUGAUCCUGGUGUGUGUCUCCACGGCGGCCAAGUUCACAGCGCCGCUACUGCGCAGCCGCCUGCAUGUGCUCGGGACUUUUAUAUGCGUGUGUUUGCUUGCACUUGGCUGGAGCCACUGGGAGCAUAUUCAGUGUGUGGUGGAGCAAAUUUUUCUGACCAGGUGAAGGAGAUAUCCCGUGUGUGUGUGCGUGUUUUCAGACUGUGACUUGGGACACUGGGACACGGGUCAGGAGGAACUGUUCGGAUAUUAACUUGUGAUUUUAAAUCUUGUUUUAAUCUUUUGUGUGUGUGUGUGUGUGUGUGUGUGUGUUUGUAUGUGUUUGUAUCUGCUACAGGACUCUGUAGGAUGUGUUUCAAUCUCAAGUAACCGUACUGUAUUGUUUGCACUGGUUCAUGUAACACGGUCUCUCACAUUCAAAUUUGCAGGAAUUCAUAGAAGUCCAAUGGAACCUGAGUCAGUGAUUGCUGUCUAAUGAGGUUAAUAUUCUCCUUGUGGCCACAAAAUGCAAUACAAAAUAGAAAUAAUUGGUUACUUUCCAGUGUUUACUUUGCCAGAAUUUCUUCACUGUUCAGUGUGAAGUGGGUAGGUAGAGCUAACCUUAGUUAAGGGCUAGAUAAGCUUUACUCUCACCAGUCACAAGCAGUCUAGUGAGUGAAAGCAUAUGUACCAAGUCUGGCCUACUGUGUUAAAUCUGUAAUUGUGUAGGAUGUUGGGUUGACGUCCAGGUCUUGAACAAAGAGAUGUUUAUCAAGCAUUAUUAUAACAAUACAGAAUAAGGCCAUACUCACUCAGACAAUUUUAAAGAUCGGUCUCAUCAGCGAAUUAAGCUGAUGUUUGAGCAGCAUUUACAUUUUUAAACUGUUAAGCUUUAAUACAACACUCAAGUUUGGCAUUAUGACAUUAAUAUUUCAACACUGUAUGGGAGUGUAAUUGUCUAUGGAGUUCUAAAUGGAUAUGGUUAAGAUGAGGAGAGGGUUCUUUGUUUAUUUAAUUAAAUCACUCCUGCAUGGUAGAAUCCUUAAACUCUGGCCGUGAUCAGGCUGGAUUCACUGUACUCUGUUCUCACAGUCGAACUACUGCAUUGAGCUGGUGUAAAUACAUUCACCUGCACCUCGUCUGCCAGCAGUGUUCAUCUCUUUCUGGUCCACUUUUCGUCUAGAGCAGGAAGAAACCAAAGCUCAGCACACACCAGCUGUCUGAAAUGCAGUGUAUGUGAUGCUUAAAUUCACCUGUGCAUGGAAAGCAAAUACGUUUUUUGGUUUUUGAUUUUUUUUUUUUUUUUUUUUUUUUUUUUUUUUUUUUUUUUUGUGUGUGUGUGUGUGUGUAUGUGUGUGUGUUUUAGUGUUUUAGCCUUGAAAUAAGCAGUGGAAAGCUGAGCUGUAUAAUUGAAUGAAAUGUAGGACUUUUUAAAUGAAGGUUUUACCGACUAUUUUUAUACCUCUGUUAUCCAGGAACUGUCUUGAUGAGUCUGUGAAUACAGUGAUUACUAGCUCA